AUGGGUUCAGGAAGGGAAGCAGCUUCAGGAACGUGGGAAGAAGAUGAUGAUAUCAUAGCGUCGGACAAAGAGGUGACUGAAGAACAGUGUCACGCCGACAUGGUUAGAACUAGAGGUUGCAGCUCUGCAGGUGGUCCUGAACCACACAAUCUAUCUGUUGCAUAUGCUCGUAGAGGACGUGCAACUUCUAAGGUUGAGCACCCACAACAAAAAACUUUAUCAAGAUUAGUGAAGAAGGCAAGGAGCAAGAGACAAAGAAGCCGUAAAGGUCCCUAUCCCACCUCCUCCAUAAAAACGCUUCCACAAGACUUGCUGGUAGAGGUAGUUGCAACUGUAGCCUCACACUCCUUCGUCGAUCUUCACGCAAUCAAAAUAUGUUGCAAAGAUUUUCUUGAUGCUACUGAAGAUAGUUAUGUUUGGAGAAAAGUUUCUUUGGAUACGUUCCCAUUAAUCCAGUGGUAUACUAAUGACAAAACAUCAUCGUUCUUGAAUCGCUGUAGGGAAUAUGGAAACAUAGAUAGCUUGUACAGAGAAGGGCUACGAAAAAUCUUUGAUUAUCAAAAUGGAAAGAUUGAUGGUCAUGAGAUCUUAGAGGUAGCUGCUCAAAAUGGUCACAAGGAAGCAAAAUAUGUGCUUGGUUGCAGAAAGAAAGUGGAACAAUUAUUAAAAUCUAUGUGGAAAAGUAAUGGAAUGCUAGGGCUCAAUCAUAGCCCUCUUUGUAAUUUCAAGAGCACAUGCAAAGGGUGGAAAGUAAAAACCGGUAGAUGGGUAUUACUAGAUGAUGAUAAUGAUGGUAUUAGCUUAUGUGAAUAUUGCAGAUGGGACCAUGAGUUAGAGUGUUUCAAACGGUUGUUCAAUUAG